AUCAAUCCGAACAUAUCAAUCCCCGGCGGGUUCGAAAAGUCCCACGACCGAGCAAUUUUGCACCCAACCGUUCCGGAUCCGUUCGUGCGGCCGACAAAGAGAUUGCUUCACCCAGUUUUGUAAAGGAAACAAAGGUAGCGUGCCUGAAGUGGGGAUGAAGUUUACAAGCAUUGAAGAAAUUCGAGAACACUAUCUGGCUUAUGCUCGAAGUGUAGGAUUUCCAAUGCGGACUAGGACAACUCGCAAAGCCAAAGAUAGAACUCCUAGAAGUGUUACAUUUGUGUGUAAUCGACAAGGAAAUAAAAAGAGCAAAACACAAGAUGUGUUCCACCCUUUUUGCUUUUUGCUUUUUGUGUAAAGUAUGUAACAAGUAUGAUAACUUUCUCUGAGUUCCCUGCACAUAAACUAAUGUAAACCUG